AUGUGGCCGCCUUUGCAUGGAGUGAAUUCAACUAGAUCCACUCAAAUUGAUAAAGGUGAACAAAGCCAAAGUGUGAAACAACUGGAGGAAGUCCCAAUCGCGGAGAACAUUGAAGUUGAAAAGGUGAUACAGAGGAAGGAGGUACAGAUAGGUAGUGGAUUAGGAAUACCUCUGUAUGCAGAUGAGUUCACCUCAAAAAUUGAGAGGAUUUCCUAUGCAAUGCUUUUGGUUGAAAUGGAUGUUACAAAAGGUAUGCCUACUGUGCUAAAGGUGAUGGAUCCUAAGGGAAAAGUUUUUGAGCAAUCAAUUGACUAUGACUGGAUUCCUGAGUAUUGUCACACGUGCAUUCAGGUUGGACAUAGUUGCAGAAAUAUUCAGAAAGCUAUAGAAGGGAAACAAAAGCAACAAAAACCAAAGAUGGAAUGGAGAAGAAGAGCAGAACCAAGCAGGGAUGAAAAAGAUGAAAGUAUUCCAGCUGACAAUGUAAUACAUGCAAGCAAGAUAGGGGAUACUGAGAAUGAGAAACUACCAGAAUGA